AUGGCUGCUGGUCAAGAGAUGGAUGCUACUAAGGAGGUGCCCGUUGUUGGCACUGAGGGAGAUAAUGCUGCUGCUGCUGCUGCUGACAUUGAUCUCAACCUUGAGGAUUUCGUGGUUGACAUGGAGAUCAAUGGAAGUGAAGCUGACCUUGAGGCUGAUGCUGAAAAUGAGGAAGAGGCUGGCUCUGAUGAGGGUGUUUCCAAUGAAACUGAGAACAUUGCUGUCAAGCUCCAGACUCAACUCACGGAGCAGAAUAUUCUCAUUGGAGUGCAACAGUGUCGUAUCCAGAACUUGGAGGCUGAUUCUGUUAAGCUUCAGGCCUUGAUUGAGCAGCUGACCAGGGAGGUGCAGUUGAUCCCUAAGGAAAACGACACCUCCAGCCUCAUUCAGGACCUGCACAACACUCUUCAGUUCGUGCAGGAUCAGCUCAAGAAGCAGGAGAAAAGCAUCUCUGUGCUUCAGACCCAGUACAGGGAGAUCCGGCGUGGAAACCUCUACCAGCCUGCUCCUGCAGCAGAGCGAGUCGCCAACGCCGCUAACAGCCGUGCUGCACCUGCUGAUGCACCUCCUGCUGUUCCUCCUCCUACUGGAGCACGUGCUGAGCCUCCUACUGCAGCAGCAACUGCCUUUGGCUCCUGCCCUUCGGCCCUGCCUCGUUUUGUCCAUGGCAAGACCGACGUCGAGACUUGGCUCUCCAUUGCGGAUGACUUUAUGUCCAUCCACAAUGUGCGUAGCGAGGCUCGUGUGGUCGCUGCAACCCUUGCCCUGGACGACACUGCGAGCAAGUUGGUGUAUGCCAACAAGCGCCACGCAGAGGCUAAUGGCCAUCCUUUUGGCUGGGAGGAGUUCAAAGCUGCCAUGCUGGCGGCAUUCCUGAGUCAGCCCCCGGCACUCGAGGUGCGUAGCCGCCUGGAGAAUAUCCAGUGCGGUGACCAGCCUGUACGCGAGUACGCCAAGGAGUUUGAGAAAACUCUGUCGCUGCUGAAGACUGCUCUUCCUGAGAGCGAGGUCAUCCACCAGUUCUUCAAGGGUCUCCCUGAGCACAUCAAGCGUGUGCAUGUUGUGCGCGGGGAGCACCAGUGGAGGACCUACAAGGAGUGCAAGGAGCAGGUCAUUGACACGGAUGUGAAUUUCCGUGUGUACAUGACUCACGCUCGUGCUCAGCAGCAGCCUAGUGCCGAAGGCCCUAGGGGGGUGUCCAAGAGGGCCCAUGCUGGGCCUGCCAAGGAUCCUCAGGAUGAGGAUAAGCCCCCGGCAGGCUGCCGCAUCUGUGGCAAGCUCGGGCACAAGUCCUAUCACUGCCGUUGGAGGAAGUCCGUCAAGAACUCCGGCAAGCCCAACCAGGGCAAGAAGCCGGAUGGUUCUGGCCCUUUGGGCCCGAAGGAUUUUCCGAAGUCCAACUAG